AUGGGUUCGCUUGACACUCCAACUGGCGACUAUGCUUGGACCGAGGUCAGCCCAGCUCGAUGGGAGCGUGAUAUCGAUGAAGUCGAGCAGUUCUACACCUCGCUCGCGAAGACCUACGAAGGGUGUGGCCGUUGCUGCUUUGCGAUAACGGGAUACAUAUCCUUCUCGGUACAGGCGACUGAUAUCGCGGUGGAAAAUGCUCUGCGGAAGGCCUGGCUGCGGUUGCGGUAUGAGAACCCGACGAUCGCAUCUCGUGUUGAGUACAGCGAGCAGCAGCAGAAGUGCAGAAAAGUCUAUGAGGCGAUCUCGAGCCCGGAGGUACAAAAUAUGUGGCUGCAGGAGACGUUUCGCGUUAUCCGUACUAAGUCGUCCGGCUUGCAGUGGUGCAACUCGGACCCUCCGGUUCCAGUACUUCCGACUCUGUUCCUGAUAAAGCGUCCUGGCCGGCAUAGGGGUGUGAUGACCGCAGACGUGGUGCUUCGCUGUCGUCACGAUAUUGUCGACGGGGUCGGGACUUUAAUGCUCCUAAAUACUCUCUUCGCCCAUGCGGCCCAAGCCCUUCAUGAAGGCGAUGAUUACACCGUUCCAAACUUUGAUAAUGAGUGGACACGGUUGAGUCCGCCGUUGCGUGUCGCUGCGGACAUUUCGCCGACGCUCAGCAAACAACAGGAGGCCCGGCUUACGAGGACAGUCGCUUGGAAUGCCGCCCUGAAAAGGGAUGUCGAGAUUGCCGGUUUUCCACAUCGAAAGUACGCGACUAGACCAGGGAAACACCAACGAGUGGCUAUCACACUGUCCACAGAGUCAACGCAUCGUUUACUCAAAGCAUGCAGAUCCCUGGGCUUGACUUUGACGCAUGCGUAUCACACUGCCAUCGGCAUCGUCCUUCGGGACCUCCAGAAACGACAAUCACGGCCGCGGACGGUGCGGUAUGUCAAUUACAGCCUUCUUGAUGAACGGCCACAGUGCAAAGACCCGUACAACACGCCUGCUCACGCAGCCUCCGUUUACCAUUCUGUAUCCGGCGAGUGCCUGGCAGUUGAUUUGACUGUCCCAGCUGCUUCCAUCGGCGCACCUGAACAGCUUUUCGACCACAGCAUACCGAGACGACAAGAGUACAUGAGAAUUGCUAGCGCCGUCCGUCGCUUUGACCUGCAAAAUCGCAACGACAAGCAGCGUAUUCAAAUGGUGCCCUCGCACUGGGCAAUGAUCACACCUCCCUAUCCAGCGGAUAAUGCAACACCGUCUGUCCCAGUGCCUUACAACAAGCCGUCAGUAUCACUUUCAGACUUGGGGGCGAUCGACAACACGGUAUCACCGACGCAUGGCGCAUUCACCUUGGACAAUCCAUGGGUAACCAGGGAGCAUUUGGUGACUGGGCUGGCUGUUUUCCUGGGAACCUGGAACGGACGACUUACCUUGAGCGCGACUUACAACGAUGCGUGGCAUACCAGAAACGAGGCUCUGGCAUUCCUUGAUCGGUGCAACGUUGUCACCAUCCAGGCUCUCGGUGCAUGA